GGAGGUGUCCCUGCCAUGGCAGGGGUGGCAGUGGGUGGGUUUCAGGUCCCUUCCCACCCAAACCAUUCCAGGAUUCCCUGCUCCCAUGACCCCCAGGAACUGAAGUCACUGCUCUCAGGGAUGAUCCCAGUUCUGUGCUCGUUUCCUGAUCCUGCAGAGCAAAAACCAAACCCCACUUUGGCAUUGUGGAUGCAAAUCUCUCCCUGCCAGGAAUGACACCCCCAGGCUGAAAUCAGAGGAAAUUCAUCAGACCUGUCCAGUUCCACAUUCCCUGGCUGGGAAUGGACGUGGCUCCAUGGAUAAUGUGGAUCUGCAGGAUUAAUGAUGGAGCUGUGCUGGGACAGGAGCUGGCCUGGAGUGGGAUGGCCUUGUCCCACCCUGGGCUGCUGCACCACGAAUUCCCCCAGCCCUGAGUCUGCCUGGCCGUGCUCAUUGCCAAGAAAAUUGGAGAGACUGAAACAGGAAUUCAGUGCUGGAUAGGGAAGCAAAAGCCGUUUAAGCUGAUGGCUCGAAGCAAUCCUUGCAUGACUCCCUUCUGUCCUUGGGGGCACAUCCCGAGCUGAGCCUCCAGGUGCAAAAAAAACAAUCUAAAUCUGGGUUAAUUCAGGAGCCGCGGGCAAACCCCAGCCCACGGCACACGCAGGGUGCUCCCACUGCAGGUCGGUGAGACGCAGCCCCAGGAGCUCCCAGUCCCGAGCUGAAAGGGAUCCCGAGGUGCCCAGGAGAGGAGCCGGGAUGCUCCCGGUGCCUGCGGGCACGGAACAGCACGGGGACAGCAGCCGGGAUGCUCCCGGUGCCUGCGGGCACGGAACCCGGGACAGCAGCCGGGAUGCUCCCGGUCCCUGCGGGCACGGAACCGGGACAGCAGCCGGGAUGCUCCCGGUGCCUGCGGGCACGGAACAGCACGGGGACAGCAGCGGGGCGGGGCCGGGGCUGCGGUGCCACCCGCGCGUCCCCUCCCGGUGUCACCGCAGGUGUCACCUGGUGUCCUGUCCCUCCCCAGGCUGCCCGACCGAGUGGGACGGGGUGAGCUGCUGGCCCGCCCUGCCCCUUGGCCAGUCCCGAGGUGUCGCCUGUCCCGAGAUCCUGAGCGUCUUCAAGAAGUCCAAAGGGCUGAUCCAGAGGAACUGCACCGAGUGGGGCUGGAGCCGCCCCAGCCCCCCCUACCACAGCGCCUGCCAGCUGGAGACCCUGGGCAGCAGCAACGACACCGAGGCCAAGAGAGGCCAUUUUGUCACCAUGAAGGUGCUCUACACCUGUGGCUACUCCACGUCGCUGGCAGCGCUGCUCCUGGCCAUCGGCAUCUUCUGCUGCUUCAGGAAGCUGCACUGCACCAGGAAUUCCAUCCACAUCCACUUCUUCACCUCCUUCAUCCUGCGGGGCACGGCCGUGUUCAUCAAGGACCGCGUCCUCUUCUCGGACGAGUCCAUCGACCACUGCACAAUGUCCACGGUGACCUGCAAGGCAGCCAUCGCCUUCUUCCAGUACUCAGUGCUGGCCAACUUCUACUGGCUGCUGGUGGAGGGGCUGUACCUGCAGACGCUGCUGCUGCUCACCUUCACCUGCGACAGGAUCUACACCUGGGGCUACGUCCUCAUCGGCUGGGGUGUCCCCAUGGUCACAGUCGGGGUGUGGGUGCUCACCAGGCUCCAGUAUGACAACCACGGGUGCUGGGAUGACUACUCCAGUGUGUACUGGUGGGUGAUCAAGGCUCCCAUCCUCCUGGCCAUAUUUGUGAACUUCCUCAUCUUCCUCAACGUCACCAGGAUGUUGGCACAGAAGAUCCGGUGCCCGGACCUCAGCAGAACCCACAAGCAGCAGUACAUGAGGCUGACCAAGUCCACGCUGCUGCUCAUCCCCCUCUUCGGGGUGCACUACGUGGUGUUCGCGCUCUUCCCCGAGCACGUGGGCGUGGACGCCCGGCUCUACUUCGAGCUGGUGCUGGGCUCCUACCAGGGCUUCCUGGUGGCUCUGCUCUACUGUUUCCUCAACGGGGAGGUCCAGGCUGAGAUCAGGAGGAACUGGGGCACGUGGCAGAGGUCCAUGGAGAGCAACGUCUUCAACCUGGCCACCCAGGACUUCACAGCGUGAGCAGGACAGCGCUCCUGGGCUGGAGCAGCUCCGUGCCCCCAGAAAGGCCCAACCCCCCUGAUUUCGGGGGUUCUGGGUCUGACACCUUCAGAGGGUGUUGGGAACAACCAGAAAGGCCCAACCCCCCUGAUUUCGGGGGUUCUGGGUCUGACACCCUCAGAGGGUGUUGGGAACAACCAUGGGAGAGGCUCUGCCUGCUCGGUGCUUGUGGAUCUUGCACCCUGUGGUAGCACCUCACCCCAGGGCUCUCUCUGCUUUGGGGCAGAGUUUCAGGAAAGGGAAGAGAAGUUCUCCAGUUUUCUGCCUGAAACUGGGGAGGAACACAAAAAUCCCUCUCCAAAGGACAGCUGGUGGGUUUUGUUUGCACUGAGGGAAAAGGAGCAGCACCGAUACUGGAGGGAUUCACUGAUUGAUGCUUUCCCCCUUCCUUUAUUUAUAAAAUCAUUUCCCAUCUGGGAAGAUUCCUAAACACAGCCAGGAGCACCCCUGGGGGUGUGGGGAGGAUACACCUCUACAAGAGACCCCCAGUGGCCUCAGGACCCAGUUCCUCCCCAGUUCCCAAAACGCUUCCCUUUCUCCUGUGUGGGUUGAUCAAAUUGGAGAUGUUCCCUUGCCAGGAGAGCUCUCCCAGUCCUUUGCUCUGAGGAAUGGGACUCAUCUGGCUUCCCUGGGGGGUCUUUUUCCAGGGACAGGAAGGGCUUUGACAAUAAAAUCUCAUUCCA